CUCCACACUAUUGAUAUUCCUUCUCACACACAAAUGCAAAAACAGGCUAUUAGAGUUUAUCUAAACCUAGCUUAUCAGGAACCUCUGGGAUCAUCAGCUGAAGCAUUGAUUCAAUUGAUACAACCAAAGUUCAGCCUAUCUUGAAUCUUUUGAUUCUUCACACCAUUUUUCUAUGUAUGAUUCUAACAACAGAAGUCCAACCUGUCCCGAAUCUUGAUUCUUCUUCAUCUUACUUAUUCGAGACACUAUUAAAAAAUAUCAAGGAUCAGCCACUCUCCUGGUCAUAGCAAACUGUAUGAUUUUGGCCUCUACCAAAAGCAAAGAUAAGAAAAGCUGGUAGCUAGAAUAGAACCUUUAGACAGAGAACAUAUAUUCUUCCUGAUUAGCCACAUCUCAUAGCGAUUCCCUUGCACCUCAAUUAAGCAUGCAAUCCUGCGCCGACCACUCCCGCCUCUUUACCCGACGCAGCUAGUCAUCUACAAAUAAGCACGGUUGGGUCAUCAGUUCAUCACCAUCAUCCAACUCCAAGAAACAACAGCCCACAGCAAGCUCAAGUGAAGUGAGCUGAUCAGAUCGAUCGAUCACAAUUCACAAAGCCCCAACAAACAACAGCCUACAGGCUAGCCAAUUCACCCGAUCAGCAAUGGCGGACCGGGUGGCGAAGCUGGCGUCGCAGCGUGCGGUGGUGAUCUUCGGGGUGAGCAAUUGCUGCAUGUGCCACGUGGUGAAGACACUCUUCACAGAGAUGGGCGUGAGCUGGAUGGCGCACGAGCUGGACAAGGACCCCCACGGGAAGGACGUCGAGAGGGCGCUCGCCGGCAUUGUCGGACGGAGCCCGCCCGUGCCGGCGGUUUUCAUUGGCGGCAGGCUCGUCGGAACCACCGACCAGGUCAUGACGCUGCACCUCGGCGGCCAGCUUGUGCCGCUGCUCCGCCAGGCUGGCGCCCUCUGGCUCUGAAGAGUCAAUGACAGCAGUGGCUGAUGCGUGUGCGCAGUUAUGUGUGAUCGCAGCCUCGAAAUCAAGCUAAGCUAGUGAUCAUGUAGCGGAUCUACAUAAUUUUGGAAAGGUCAUUAUCAAACAUAUUAACGAUCAUGAUUUUUCAGUUUGACCUCUUGUUGUCAUAUGACAGAAGCAAUGGAUGCUUUGUGAUGAGCAUCCUGAGCAAUA